CGUCCUCGGUGCCUCGAUCGCUACUAGCCGAUCUCUGCUUCCUUUUCGUAGCAGUUCAGCCAGAUCGCUCAUUCCUUACAAGCACGCAAGAACAAGAUCGAGAUCAUGUCGACUGUGACCCGUGCGUCCCUUGACCAGAAGCUUGCCCUCGCCAAGCGCUGCUCGCGAGAGGCGACUCUCGCAGGAGCAAAGGCAGCAGCUGUAGCGACCAUCGCCUCCGCGAUUCCCACCCUGGCGAGCGUGCGGAUGCUGCCGUGGGCGAAGGCCAACAUCAACCCCACUGGCCAGGCCCUCAUCAUCUCCACAGUUGCUGGGAUGGCCUACUUCAUCGCGGCCGACAAGAAGAUUCUAUCGCUGGCGAGGAGGCACUCGUUCGAGGAAGCUCCGGAGCACCUCAAGAACACCUCAUUCCAGGGCACCGGCCGUCCGCACCCGGCAUUCUUCAGGCCAUGAUCGAGCUACCUCUCAAGGACUAGUUCUGUGUCGUCGAUGUCCGAAUAAACUACCUGCUUGUCAGCUUGUACUAGCCUACUAGCUGGUACACAUCGAUGUGCUGGGAGAAACUGCAAUAGCAUAGAGCUCCAGUACUAUGGUCCACUGUGAUUAGCCCGUGCGCCGGCACGUGCUAGUAAUUUUAAAAGACAC